AUGGGAGAAGUGGGAAACCAGAAUGACCAACUCAGUGCUCUGCUAGAGAGCUACCAACGGAGGCCCAACAAUUCAAUCACUGGGGAAAUCACCACAGAUCCGGAUGAAAUUAUUCCAGAAGGUUUGGAGUUAGAGGGGGGAAGGCGAGUGGGACAGGCCGAUUUCGACUCUGAGGAGCUCCGGGCUGCAUGGGGUUGUGGCAUCGAGGUUGAGCAGAUCCCUCCCGAGAGUGGCAGUGCUUGGCUGGGACGGGGUGCCUUUGGCGAUGUUGAACGGGCGAUCUAUGUGGAUGGGGAGGGGACACGCCAUGAUGUCGCUGUAAAGUACAUGAGCUCAGAAAACAUGGCACUGGACACGGCCAUUGCCGCCAUGAAAAAGGAACUGGGGAUUUAUGCACGGGCUGGUGACCACGCCAACAUUGUCAAAUGUUUUGGUGGCAAGUUUGGUGAUGGCAACAGACUUGGGCUGCUGAAUCCCUAUUCUGACGAGAGGGACUAUUAUAUCGUCCUGGAGCUGAUGGACAGGAGCCUGAAACAGUUCAUCAGCACUGGCAACUACCCCACCGGCUACUCAUUCAGAACUAUCCUGAACAUCUGGCUGGACAUCGUGAACGGCCUCGAGUUCUUGCAUUCCCGGGGCAUUGUACACUUCGACUUGAAGCCCUCCAACGUCCUGCUGGACGAUCGGCUCACUGCCAAGCUGUCCGACUUUGGCGAAUCCAAGGUGCACUGCGACAUGACGUGGACUGCCAGCUGCCAUGGCAGCCUUGGCUACAUGGCACCGGAGAUAUCCCUGGCCCGCUACAUUGGCGAGCUGCGGGCGACGAAGAAGCUGGACGUGUUCUCGCUGGGUGUCAUUAUGUGGGAGACGCUCACAGGGCUUCCCCCUCCCUCCCACCUUGACACAAAUAGGAGCAGGGGGCUGGGGGAGGCAGAAGACCCAGAUGAGGUGCGCAUUGGCAACUCCCUGCUGUCGGUGAGCUCGAGGUGCCCUAGGGAGAUAGUGAGUCUCAUCGAAAGGUGCACCAGUCUGAAGAUCGACGACCGCCCCAGCUGCGCUGAGAUCCGCGAGGAGAUAACGCGCAUGCUGAAUGCGGACUGGGUUGGGGAGUCAUGCCACUGCCGGCUGGCGAGGCUCAGCACCAGCAGCAACACCAGCAGCUUCGGCACCGCGCACACUGACUGGGACAGCAGCUCUGACUCCUGGAGCACGGACAGGAACAACGGCCGAAGCAGAGAGAUCACGGAGGAAGAGGCGAAUAGGCUGUCCUGGGACCUGCGCACGAGCGCCGUGUCCGAAGUCUUUGUGGGGCAGCACAGUGUGCAGGGCAUCAGGCACAAGGUAGCCGUGAAGCAUGCGAGGGACCCCAAGCUCAGGCGGUAUUUCAAGAGCGAGGCCAAGCUGCUUGGGAAGCUGGGUGGUGUGCCCCCCUGCCCCACUGUGCUGCAAUGUUUCUGCGGUCAGGUGGCCAGAGAGGACGAGACCAUCCUUGUUGUAGAGGAAUGGGCGGACUGCAGCCUGGGGCACCUGGUGCACGAUGACUAUGCACGCAGGGUCCUCCACCGGAUGGAAAAGGGCGAUGGAUCCGCGCUGCUGGUCAUCCUUGAGGACGCCGCCAAUGGUCUGGCCCACCUGCACGCCCACAACAAGACCCACUACUUCGUGACACCGGAGACAAUAUAUGUGACUGAGGACUGCAGGGGGAAGGUCGGUGGCUUCGUUUCCAACGUGACAUGUGUGGAUGGCAUUGCGCCGGCAGACGACUCGGCUGGAGCGGAGUACAGGUCUGUGAACUUCAAUUUCAGCACUGGGUACAUGGCUCCAGAACUGGUGCUGCGCAACUUCUAUGGCGACUAUGGAGUGUGCGCCAAGAUGGACGUCUACUCACUGGGUGUGGUGAUGUGGGAGACCAUCACCCUGGAACACCCAAUGGGCAGCGUGCUUGACGCCUCAUUCAAGUUGUCGACCAGGUUCCCGAUGUCCGAGGGCGUGCCACCCGAGCUCCAGCAGCUGGUGAGAGACUGCCUGAAGUUUAAGGCCGCAGACCGCCCCACAUGCAGGGAGGUCGCUGACAGGCUGCGGAAGCUGAGGCAGGCGUGCGCAUGGACAAUCGUGCCCUCACUGCCCAGGUACCUGCCAAGCUGCCUAUCGGACAGCCGGGUCUGGAACAAGGCGUCCAGGUACACGGGGCUGAAGAGCAUGGUCAAGCUGGAGUGGGUUAGGAAGGCAACACGUUGCCGGGGGUAG